CAUUCUAACGUUUGGAUUUGUUUUGAGUUCUGCCCUAUUUUCUUAAAGAAGUCCAAAAUUCUCAAUGAAAAUUGCAUAAAUCACCUCCAAAUGUAACGCUAAUUUAAAUAAAAAACCUUCUAAGUGAGUAAUCUGUGAUUUUCCUAGGGUGACUGAGCAAAAACUCCCCGAAUUUGAAGGUUACAUUUAGGGAUCCCAUGAAUUAAGCUAAUAUACUAGUAAAGCUCUAAUCCAAGGCAUGUCUUUAACAUGUCCCCAUGCAAGACAACCUCAGAAUGACCUCGACAAGGGUGCCCCACAAAAAAAUGCCCAAAGAAACUAACUUCGACAUUUGGAAACACAGUAAAUGGAGAACAGUGGAUAGACCUAGAUAGUUUCACUUGAAAGAACAUUCCAUGUGCCAUAGUUUUAAGCCAUAGUAAUUAUAGUUUGCCAUAAUGGCCGAGGAUGACAGGCCCCUGCUCGGCAGCAGCUCCUCAGCACAUUUUAACUCGGUGUCAAUUAGGCAAAGGGUAAAGCGAGGAGUGAAGAAAAGUUCUGUAUAUAUUUUUGGCCCUUCAACAUUGAAGAAGUGUGUUGUUGCCGUUGUAUUGUUUACUGUGGUGCUUAUAAUUAUUUAUUCAAGGCAGACAAGAUCUCCAUAUCUUUCUAGGUUUAUAAAGACAAAUACUCGUCCAGAACCUAAUAUAAGAUGUGGAGUAAUGAACGGCCCUCGAAUUUUACAAAAUCACGAUCAUCAGACUGACGCCCGACUUAGGAGUUACCCAAAAGUGUUGAUAUUUGUAGAAACUAUAUACUCGAAAUUGGGAAGGGAUAUUGCUGAACUACUUGUCCAUACUAGAAUUAAAUAUAAAGUGGAAGUGACAGGAAAAAGCUUGCCAGUCCUAACCAACCUAGACAAAGGCCGCUAUGGCGUUAUUGUCUUUGAAAAUUACAAUAAAUACUUGCAGAUGGACAACUGGAACCGGGAACUUUUAGACAAAUAUUGCCGGGAAUAUUCGGUGGGGAUUAUCGGGUUUAUACCAUCCGAGGAAGAUACUUAUGUGGGGUCCCAGCUGAAAGGGUUUCCCUUGUUUAUUCAUACAAACCUGAAGCUGAGGGACGCAGCACUCAAUCCGGCUUCGCAAGUCUUAAGGCUGACACGAGCUGGGGAAACUGUGUGGGGUGAGCUGCCUGGGAACGAUUGGACCGUUUUUCAAGCCAACCAUUCUACUUAUGAACCGCUGGAGUGGGCUCAUAGAAAUGACUUUUUUCAGUAUAAUGAUAGUGGUAUUAAAACCCCGUUGCCCACAGUGAUCCAGGACCAUGGCAUUUACGAUAACAUUCAAAGGAUAAUUUUCGGUUCUGGUUUGAGAUUUUGGUUGCACCGGUUGCUGUUCUUGGACAGUUUGAGUUACUUGAGCCACGGACAGUUAAGUUUGUCCCUGGACCGGUCGAUUUUGGUCGAUAUCGACGAUAUUUUUGUGGGAGAAAUGGGAACUAGGAUGAAACCUGACGACGUAGAGGCGCUCAUUGGGGCACAAGAACGGCUUGCCGCAAUGGUGCCGGGCUUCAAAUUUAAUCUCGGUUUCUCCGGGAAAUAUUUUCAUCAUGGCAACAGCGAGGAAGAUAAAGGGGACGACCUGAUUUUGGAGCACGUCGACAAAUUCAUGUGGUUCUCGCAUAUGUGGAACCAUCAACAGCCGCACUUGUACGACAAUCUCACUUUGCUCACCGAGGAUAUGGCUCUUAAUAGGAACUUUGCUAAACAGAAUGGUAUCCCGGUUGAUUCCGGAUAUUCCAUAUCGCCUCAUCACUCCGGAGUCUAUCCCGUUCACGAUUUACUAUAUAUCGCCUGGAAAAAGGUCUGGAACAUUCGGGUGACUUCUACCGAAGAAUAUCCGCAUCUCCGACCAGCUAGGCUUAGAAGGGGAUUCAUACACAGAAAUAUUAUGGUGUUGCCGCGUCAAACGUGCGGCUUAUUUACCCAUACGAUGUAUAUAGACAGAUACCCGGGCGGUAGGGCUAAACUGGACGAGAGUAUACAGGGCGGAGAGCUUUUUCAGACAUUAGUUUAUAAUCCGAUCAACAUAUUUAUGACCCACAUGUCAAAUUAUGGCAACGACAGACUGGGUCUGUACACCUUCGAAUCCGUAAUAAAGUUUCUACAGUGUUGGACGAAUAUAAGACUGACAUCGGCGCCCCCUUUGCAGUUGGCCGAGAAUUAUUUUAAGUUGUACCCCGGAGAGGCGGAUCCUAUUUGGGGGAACCCUUGUGACGACGUACGACAUCAGAAAAUCUGGUCGAGGCACAAAUCCUGCGAUUCGCUGCCGAAAUUCUUGGUGAUCGGCCCGCAAAAAACCGGAACUACGGCCCUGUACACUUUUCUCUCGCUACAUCCCGCUAUAGCGAGUAAUUUGCCCAGUCCGACCACUUUUGAGGAAAUCCAGUUUUUUAACGCGCACAAUUAUUUGAGAGGGCUGGACUGGUACAUGAACUUCUUUCCGUCAGAGGCGAACUCCUCCACCCGCUACUAUUUCGAAAAAAGCGCGACGUACUUCGACGGCGAAUUAGUACCGAAAAGGGUGCACGCCCUGUUGCCGCACGCUAAACUUAUUACCAUAUUGAUAUCGCCGGCUAAAAGGGCGUAUUCGUGGUACCAACAGACUAAAGCGCACGGCGAUAUUAUUACCAAUAAUUAUAAUUUCCAUCAAGUGAUCACCGCUAGCGAUACGGCUCCGAAACCCCUGAGAGAUUUAAGAAAUAGAUGCCUAAAUCCGGGAAAAUACGCGCAACAUUUGGAGCGUUGGAUGUCCUACUUUUCCCCCCAGUCCAUACAUAUAAUCGAUGGGGAGGAACUCAAGUCCAACCCGGUAGAGGUCAUGAACGAGCUGCAGAAGUUCUUAAAAAUUAGCCCGUUUUUCAAUUAUAUGGAGCAUUUAAGGUUCGACAAGAAAAAAGGUUUCUACUGUCAAGUGGUAAAACGUAACAGUACGAAAUGCCUCGGCCGUAGCAAAGGCCGCAACUAUCCUCCGAUGGAGGAAAAAUCGUUAAAAUACCUGCAGAGGUACUACCUAAGCCAUAACACUGCCUUAGUGAAACUGUUCAAGAAAAACGGCAUCAGGAACAUUCCCAAUUGGCUAAAAGAGGAUUUGAGCGAUCGAAACGAUACGGACAGUUAGUUUUAAUUAGCGCAGCUACUAUUUAUUUCCUUAUUUGUGCCACCCGUGAGUUUUAUUUGUACAUAAUAAUAUUUUUUUUUAAUGAGCCGACAUAUCAUCGAGAAGCAAUAGCCCCCCUUCGAUUUUUUUUCUUAUAUAGGCAUAGUGCAAUAAACGUCCAAUAAUUAGAGCUUAUUAAACUUACUAAAAAAAAAUAUAUAUAUAUAAUAUAACCCGUCGUCGUUGUUGAAUGUUGAUAGUUAGAACAGCAGUUACGUUUUUUUGUCAUGUAGGCAGGACUUACAGUAAAAAAAAAACGGUUUUAGUCCAGGUCAUUUAGGAUAUAGGGCCAAAGAUUUCAAGUAUAUUAUUCUGCUUUUUAUGCUCAAGUCUUUGAUGGUGAAUUUAACUGCACAGUUUGUAUCGUUAUGAACUUUGGCAAGGCAAAUUUUCUCUUGCUUUUUAUUUAAAGCAGCUAUAAAACAGUUAUAUUAUGAGUUUCAAAGGAAAUCGUUUAAAUGCCUUUUAAAUCAUUACUUUAGCUCAGUUUUCUUGGAUAUUAGGCAAAAAAUGAUGAAGGUUCAAGGACAUUUUUAAUUUGCGAUAAAGAUAUUAACAUAGAUAUCAAGCGCUUAUAAUUUUACACUUCAUUUUUAACAUAAAACAUAUAUUAUGUAAUUCUUUAACGCGUUAUAGAAUAACACUAAAAAUUUAACUUGAUGUGUUAUCUUAGGCAGCAUAGAUUAUGGGAAUAUAAAUAUAUCUCAAACAAUUAGUUAUUAUGUUAUAUCUUGUACGAUUUUGACUGCGUUAUAAGAUACCUAUAGAAUCUUUCUAAAUAAUUGUAUACAUGCUCAUAAAAUACACUUAAACCACAUCAGCACUGUUUGUUUGCAAAUGCAUCACAUUUUGUUUGAAAUUUAACGUGAAAUACAAUUUUGGCACAAAGUAACACCCAUGCUCUAUUUAUAUACAAAAAAUAUAUAAUAUUAAAAUUUUAAAUAAGGAUAUUUGAUAGAUAAAAACACAUAAAUAAUUACAAAAUAACUUUUAUUUUACAUGUCUAAAUGCUUUUAUGCAAAAUAUUAACAAAAUGUUAAAUUAAUAUGUAGGUAACUUUAAACAAAAGAAAACUAAGUAAUAAAACUGGUGGUAAAUAAUAUAUGACACACCUGUGAUUACACAACAAAAUCACUUAACUCUGGAAUGUCAAAUUUCCUCAUUUCUAUAAAAUAUCUCGUCUUUCUUUUGAGGCCACUUCCACUGCUUUCCAACACGUUCCAUCACAUUUACUGUCGCUCCUAUGUUGUAUACGGUCGUAACUUGACCUGGAAAAUACUUUCCUUCAAAUUUAACAACGACGUACUUUCCCUCUGACUUUUCCGCUUUUUGGGCCACAGUUCUUUCUUCAAGUACCGGUUCAUCUUCAUCACUGGAAAAAUGUUCAUCCCAUGGACUGUCAUCACUUUCCAUGUAUUUAAUUUGGUCCUGAUUUUCACUGGAACUAUCUGAUGUUGAUCCAUUAUCUCGACCGCUUUUUAGGCGUUUCUUUUGUUGGAUGCCGGAGGGUCCAGGUUGUUGGUCAUCGUUGUUUUGCGUAUUCUCAGCAGAAAUUGGAGCAGAUGGGAUGUUAAAAUAGCUACUACUUAUGCUUUUACCUGGUGGAAGGUUUAGGCGCUUUCUUCUUUCGAUCUGCCUCCCUUACAGACCGUCAGUCCUUACAUUGGUAAGGUGUUGAAUAAAACUAUUACCCACAACCUCAGCUAUUUUGGUAUCUGCUGUUACAAUACGAGUGCAUAAACGGUCCGUGACCUCGUUUUGAUCUAAAGGAUAAAUGCCUGUCUUUCUAAAACCAGAUCUUAAGCUAUCAGGUCCUCUUUCUUCUAACUGACUCAUCAGCUUUUUUAAAAGGCUUGGAAAUUCAUCCUUUGGUAUGGAAGAGACUCUGCUGCCGUAGUUGCUUGCCUUCCACUCGUUUAAAAUUUUGCGCCAUUUUUCCUUCAUUGAGCGGAAAAAGGCCACGUCAAGUGGUUGGAGUAGAUGCGUUGUAUUAGGAGGUAAAGGUAUAAAGCGAAUAUUAUUAGCUUCACAUGCUUGAAUGACCUGCUGAUUUAAAUGCGAGCUAAGAUUAUCUCCUAUAAGGGCCUUUCACCCCUCUUGCCGUUUUAAUAUUGGCAGCAUAAGAUUUAACAACCAUUUCUCAAAAACUUGGUAGUCAAACCAUCCCGAAGCCGUUCUAUUAUAUCGUGCGUUUGCGGGUCCAUUUUCAAUCCAUGUAUUCCAUAAUUUUUGAGAUUUAUAAUUAAUAUAAAGUGGAGCCAAUUGACCCUCGGCAUUUCCGCAUACCAUUAGAGAAGCACAGGCUUUGGAAGAGUUCCUGAUUCGCUCAGGGUACUUUGUUCCUCUUUUGGUUAUUAUUUUUGUCUGGCCUGGGUCGUCAACAAGGUUUGUUUCGUCAUAAUUCCAAAUAUUUUCUGCAGGAAUUCCUUCUCUCAGUUCUUCAACUCAGCCUCCAAAUUAUCAAAGAAAUUUUUUACAGUUUCUUCAUCAGUGGCAGUCGUAGCAUGUGUAAGGCCCAGCGCCCACAGAAGUGGUAUUGGCUUAUGGCGUGGCAGUGGUGUGGCACCGACGUGGCAGCGGCCUGGCGUUUUGACGCCUACUAAAGUGGCACAGAAGCAGCACACAAAAUGCAAAUUUAGUCAUUACUACAAUGUCGUCUUCAGAGGACGAAGAUGUUCUUGCUUUAGUGCAUUUAAAUAAUAUUCAAAGAAGACGAUAUUGGGUACAUCCUUUAUGGAAAAAGAAAAACAAAAAAUAUGGCAGCUUUAAUGUAUUUAAAGAGCUAAAUCAGUAUCCAGAACGGUUUCAGUCUUUUUAUCGAAUGUCUAAAGACUGUUUUACUCGGCUACUAAACAUAAUAAAACCAAAAAUAACUAAAAAGAAUACAAACUGGAGAAAUUGUGUUAGUGCAGAAGAGCGAUUAUUAAUAACUCUUAGGUAAGUAAUUAAAUAAUAACUGUAGAAUACACUAAAAAAACAUUAUAAAAUUCAUGAAUAAAUUUUAUUAUGAAAUUUAUGAAUAUGAACACAUAAAGACAAACAUAAAAACUAGUCAUAUGAAUACCCUUGAGGCUGCUGAUUCGAAAAACUAGUAGUAUAUUCAAAAUCGGUUCCAUGUAAUGUUUGUAGUGUAUGGUAUGUUCGACUUCUAUUUUCGUUUGCUGGUUGAUUUGACGUUGUGAUAUUAACCGGAGAAUAAACUUGUAUAUUGGAAGGGUUUGAGGAAGAUUCGCUAAGCGGUGAAAUCAUUUGCUGAACAUUAGAAUUUGAUGUCUGAUUUUCUUCUAAAAUUUCUCCAGCCAAGUUCAAAAUGCCAAUUUUAAAUUUUCUUUUUUGAAAAUCAGUCAUUUUUUUCAUGUCCGGUAGCAUACUUAUCAGGAAUGCCCUAUCCGGAUCCUCAGUUUUUUCAGGACAGUCUUGUAAUUUAGUUUGUUUCUUUUGAAAAUAUUCAAAAGCACUUGAAUUGACUUCUUGCAAAGUAGGGUAUUUUUUUGUUUCUUUCUUCUUUUUUGGUACGUGCACAGCUUCUGAACUACUUUUUUCCCCAUAUUCAUUGGUGUCACUUAAAGGCGCCUCUAAUUCACUGUCAGACUUGCUCGAAUCAAUUUCAUUUGCGAUACUUUCUUCUUGAAUCAUUUUAGUAUUCCCCAAUGAUUUUCUUAAUUUUGUGAAUGGUUGUAAAAAAUGUAAAUUUUCAGCUAAAUAGUAGGGUUUGAUUUUUUUUGCUGAGGAUCCCGACGGAAUAUUUUUAUUUAAAUAUUUUGUAAAACUUCCCCGGAUAUUUUUCCAUCUAUCCUUGUAAUCAUUUACUAAAACAAAAAAAAAGUUUUUUUUUUCUUUUUUUUUCCAGUUUUUCCUUUGUGUCGUUUCAGAUACUUUGCCACGGGCUCAUCUUUCAAGUCCUUACAAUUUUAUUUUUUAAGGGGACAUACAACAAUACGAAAAAUUGUUUAUCACACAGCUAAGAUGUUAUGGUUGGAUAUCGCUGAACGCUUUUAUAGUCUAUGGAAUUUACCUAAUUGUAUUGGGAGCAUUGACGGCAAACACAUUAGGAUAAAAGCACCCCCAAAUUCAGGAUCUGCAUUCCACAACUAUAAAGGUUUUUUUUCUAUAGUGCUGUUAGCUGUUGUCGGCGCAGAUGGCUUAAUUAUUUCUGUAGAUGUGGGUGAAUAUGGCCGCAACAGCGAUGGGCGUGCGUUAAAAGAAAGUAAAUUUGGAAAGUGUCUGGUUCGAGGAGAACUUAAUAUACCAGAUCCAACUCCUCUACCUGGUGAAGAUGUAAAUAUUGGUUUUCCCUACUACUUUGUAGGUGACGAAGCAUUUCCGCUCAGAAGCGAUCUUAUGAAACCAUUUGCCCGCAAUCAACUUACCAAUGAAAGAAGAAUGUAUAAUUACAGAAUUUCUCGGGGACGCAAAUCAGUGGAAUGCUGCUUUGGUAUGUUAAGUACUAAAUUUGGAAUAUUGCAAACGCCCAUCUGUAUGAAAACGCAAAGGAUUGAUAUAAUAAUCCUAGCAAUAUGUGCUUUACAUAAUUUUAUUCGUAUUUACGAUGGAAUUUUUUCCACACCUAAACAACCAAACAAUAUUCAGCACAUACCUGUUCAGGAUUUGCAAAUACAAAGAAACACUCCACAAAAUUUAAGAAAUCGGCUUUGUAACUACUUUUGUAACAUUUCUCCCAUUCCAAACCAAGGAUAUUACAAUUUUUAAUAACUAUUUUUUAUUAGGUAUUACAAUACCAUGUUACCUCUACUACAUUUUUUGAGUUGUAAGUAUAACCUUACUUAUUAUAAUAAAUUAUUGGAUUAAAAAUUACCUGUUUCCUUAUUUGUUUUCGAGAUUUCAUUCCAGGCAGCAUCUUGUGCAGUUCUGUUGCAAUAAUCAGGUCGAUUAUAAUCAUAUAAACAUGGUUUUGAUUCAACUAAUUCGACAAAGCGAACAUUAAAUUCAAAAUCAUCCCGCAUUUUCAUGUCAAAACUAUGAAAACAUUCAAAACAACGAACGAGAUCGGACUGGCAUGCCGCUUUCCAUGCACCACUAGUGGUUACAAUAUGGCAUGUCAUUUCUGCACCGCUACCACGCCAUCUCAGUGUGCGUUGCUUAAUUCAUUUACAUUAUCUUUCUAUUGCCACUCGCCAGAACCACGCCGCUGCCAGACUUCCGCCACUUCUGUGGGCGCUGGGCCUAAUAUUCUGCGCGAUUCUCUGUGAAAGUUGCCGUUGUCGCUUCAAAAAGGACUUGACCCAAUCAGGUCCUGGCAUAUUGUUUUUAAAAGGCUUAACUUUUUUGCCUUGACGUUCUAGAUACGAUUUAACUAUAUAUCUUAGAUCAAAUGUACUUACGGGAAAACCAAAAGUUGACACAGUGAUAAUAUGGGCGGCAAAGGCAUCUUCUUCUUGGUCGGUGGUCAAUACUUCUUGUUGUCCAGGCCUGUUUUUGUGCCGUUCUUUAAUUUUCAGCCAUAAAGUAUUUCGAUGUAUACCAUAUUUACACAAAGUCGCUCCUCGUUUUGUACUUUUUUCGUAAAAAUAGAAAAAAACAAAUUAAAAAAAAACUCGAAAGUUUACAAUCUUUACAGUAAAGCAAGCAAACAUAUUAUACUUUAAUAUAAACUUACCUUAGUUAACAAAUCUUUCACGGUUUUUUGCGCUCAAUAGAAAGUUUACACACAAUUCAAAAAAACACCUGUUUGCCUAAUUUCCAACUCUGCACUGGUAUGAGGAGCGAUGUUUUGCUACCUGCUUUUGUCAUAUUGUUCUAUCGUUUUUAGCGACUUUUUA